AUGUAUCCACUCGGUCAGGCCGUCAUGAAAUUGAGCACUGCAUUUAGGUCAUUCUACAGCAACCUGAAAUCGCAAGAGGAUUUCACUGCCGACUCCGGGCGUCUGCAAGAUCCGAAUGACGCCCUGCUCAAUUUGCUUAACAAACUCGUCACUUCGCAGCACUUCAACCAGACAUUUAGAGAUAAUGUAGAGUCACUCGAAAAAACAUUCACUACAUUUAGUCCUCAAAUAUAUGGCGAAGCAGAGAGCCCUUUGCUACUCAACGCUUUAAAGAAUGGUUUCACAUCCCUUGUCUCCGAACUCCAGAAAGCGUACGUCUCCACAUACUCCCAGCAGAAAAUUAGGUGGGAUAACAUCGAUGACACUGAGAGAGAAAAGUACGCUAAAAUCGCCUUGACACUUACGCCCACCGUAUAUGAAGCAUUAACACAGCUCAAGGAAGGGCUUGAGAAACACGAUGAGCUGUGGACAACUUAUAGCAUUUAUAAUUCCUCGAACACUGCUAAUGCCUUACAUAAAUUAUUCUUCCGUGAAAACGGUUACGAUAGUAAGCUUCCUGUAAACGUCGCGGCCGGCGAAUUAAAUCACAAAAAAGGUUUCACUGGUAAUAAUAUUCUUACACUUCUUGAUAGUGAUACAUGUGAAUUGUUUGAGAGUAGCAAACAGCCGCUUGACGACGACACUCUGAAUGUCGACUUGGUAGAACAGAUUAAGACGAUGUUCGAAGUGCCAAGUGAGACAGAUCCUUCUCAGAAAAUCGUGAAGCCUAUGAACGCCCAUCCACAACAGUUUACACAUGAUGAAAUACAUUCUGCACUUAAAGAAGUUACAGCAAACGCGUACUCACUGCUGACUGGCGUCGUCGGGCAUGGCGAUGCAGCAACGUUUUAUGCGUGCGAGUUCCCUACCAACUCCCUCAGCCUGAAAUAUCCCAGUUCCGGCGCGGAGUGUCUUGAUAUGCUGCUUGAUAUCCUUCGACGGAUGUUCCCGGUGCUCACAUACUUACAUACUCAGUGUAGCCUACGUGAUAAGCACGGCGGCUGGCGUGACUGCUACUACGGCAAAGAUAUCAAGUCAACCAAAUGGUCCUGCAAAGACCAUGUUACCGACAAAGCUACGUGCCAACCAAAGUGCCAGGCAAACACCAAAGCAAGCUGCCAACCAACGUCUCCACUUAUGUCAUACUUAAACGAUAGCUUACAUGGUCACUUGCCUCAUGAUGUAACCUCUAUUGGUUGCAAGUCAUCUUGUUCCACGUGCUCUAAAAACCCACCAGGAAUGCCGUGUCUCCCUCCCCUCGGUUUCAGAGCAUUCUCGAACAGUACGCAUACAGGGAGAGACCUGUGCGAACUGCUAGAAGAAUUGGUCGGUAAAAGAGGAGUACUAACCAAACUCUAUGCGCCGCUUGCUUGCCUUCUCAACCGCCCACCGCAGUGGUUCCCUGACAUAUUUUCGUUUUACUGCCAACUCACCAAGGAAUGGAAGUGGAUGGACGAAGCUGAACACAAACGCCAUCCCAUUCAAAAUGCCAUUUCUGGCGCUAUCGAGAGAACAGUUGCCUGUGAUCAUAAUGUUGCAAGAGAGUUACUUGACUCGUGCCGCCAUUUGUCUAAAUGCGCAUCUCACACGUCUCAUGAUCUGAAUAAUAACCCCGACCUGACGUAUUUUGUUGGAUGCCAAAAUGAAUACUGCGGCAAAUAUUUCACACCCUCAAUCAUGCUGCGUACUCCACAUUUGCAACCAAAUAUGCGAGUCAGUAUUUGUCGGUGUUACUUUACGCUGGACCUAAAAUUCAGGCAUUCUUCGAACAGUUAUCUAAUGCAUACACAUCUGUUUCUUGCUACGACUCAGGUUGCAGGGGCUGCCUCAACAAUAAUGGAUGUCGAAUUGGAAAACACGGCACUGCCCGUUGUGGAUGCAAUUCCAUGGUUGACUGCAAGGCAGUUAUCUCCGUAUUUUAUCAGCAUGGUCUAA